GAAAUUCAGCCAGAACCUGGUUGCCCAGCUUUGGUACUUUGUGAAGUGCGUUUACUUCGGGUUGUCUGCUUACCAGAUCCGUUGCGGCUACCCAACGCGAGUCCUGGGGAACUUCCUCACCAAGAGCUACAAUUACGUCAACCUCUUCUUAUUCCAAGGGUUUCGCCUCGUGCCCUUUUUGACUGAGCUGAGGGCAGUGAUGGACUGGGUGUGGACAGACACGACCUUGAGCCUGUCCAGCUGGAUCUGUGUGGAGGACAUCUACGCCCACAUAUUCAUCCUGAAGUGUUGGCGGGAGUCGGAGAAGAGAUACCCUCAGCCGCGGGGCCAGAAGAAGAAGAAAGUGGUGAAGUACGGCAUGGGAGGGAUGAUCAUUGUCCUGCUCAUCUGCAUCGUCUGGUUUCCUCUUCUCUUCAUGUCUUUGAUCAAAUCUGUGGCUGGGGUCAUCAACCAGCCCCUGGACGUCUCCGUCACCAUUACCCUGGGAGGGUAUCAGCCUAUUUUCACAAUGAGUGCCCAACAAAGCCAGUUGAAAGUUAUGGACCAGCAGAACUUUAAUAAAUUUAUACAAGCUUUUUCUAGGGACACCGGUGCUAUGCAAUUUCUGGAAAAUUAUGAAAAAGAAGACAUAACAGUAGCAGAACUGGAAGGAAACUCAAAUUCUUUGUGGACCAUCAGCCCACCCAGUAAGCAGAAAAUGAUACACGAACUCCUGGACCCCAAUAGUAGCUUCUCUGUUGUUUUUUCAUGGAGUAUUCAGAGAAACUUAAGUCUGGGUGCAAAAUCGGAAAUAGCAACAGAUAAGCUUUCUUUUCCUCUUAAAAAUAUUACUCGAAAGAAUAUCGCUAAAAUGAUUGCAGGCAACAGCACAGAAGGUUCAAAAACACCAGUGACCAUAGAAAAGAUUUAUCCAUAUUAUGUGAAAGCACCUAGUGAUUCUAACUCAAAACCUAUAAAGCAACUUUUAUCUGAAAAUAAUUUCAUGGAUAUUACCAUCAUUUUGUCCAGAGACAAUACAACUAAAUAUAACAGUGAGUGGUGGGUUCUCAACCUGACUGGAAACAGAAUAUACAAUCCGAACUCUCAGGCCCUGGAACUGGUGGUCUUCAAUGACAAAGUCAGUCCCCCAAGUCUGGGGUUCCUGGCUGGCUAUGGUAUUAUGGGAUUAUAUGCUUCCGUUGUGCUUGUGAUUGGGAAAUUUGUCCGAGAAUUCUUCAGUGGGAUUUCUCACUCCAUCAUGUUUGAAGAGCUUCCAAAUGUGGAUCGAAUUUUGAAGUUGUGCACAGAUAUUUUUUUAGUUCGAGAGACAGGAGAACUGGAACUAGAAGAAGAUCUCUAUGCCAAAUUAAUAUUCCUGUAUCGCUCACCAGAGACAAUGAUCAAAUGGACUAGAGAGAAAACAAAUUGAAACCUUAGAACAC